AUGUAAACUUCGUAAAUUUUUAAUGGAAUCUACGUAGUUUAAAAAAAGAUAUCUUCUGGAUCAUUUGGAGUGGUGCUAUUAGGACACGAUAAAGAGAAAAAUGUUGAUGUGGCAAUCAAAAUAGAGAAAGAAGAAAAUGAAGAUGUUCGUUCAUUAGAAAGAGAAGUUUAAGUUUUGGAAAAAUUGCAAGGAACCGAUGGAGUGCCGAAAUUAUUUUGGCAUGGACAAUAGGAUGAAUUCAAUGUAAUAAUUCUACAGUUGUUGGGAAAGGAUCUAUCCCAUUUCAUAAAAUCAAAGAAGAAGUUUUCUUUUAAAACAACAAUUCAGUUGGGCAUUCAGAUAGUACACGUCUUAGAGAGGAUCCAUAAUAAAGGUGUAGUGCAUAGAGAUUUGAAGCCAGAAAAUAUUUUAUUUGGGAUUGAAGAUGAAUCCUCUAAAAUAUAUGUUGUCGAUUUUGGAAUCAGCAAAAUAUACCUAGAUGCUCAGGGGAAUAUAUUGUAACUUCUUUAGUGCUAUUAGUUUAGACCCUUUAGAGAUAAUGCUUCCUUUAUCGGUACUACAAGGUAUGCAUCGAUUGCUGCACAUAAGGGCCAUGAAUUAAGUAGGAAGGAUGAUAUCGAAUCAUUAAUAUAUGUGUUAUUGUAUUUCAUGAAAGGGUAAAGGAAUCUUGAAUUAUCAGAAGUCUAGGCAGCUUCCAUGGCAAAAUAUGCAGAAUGUCAGUGAUGAAGAAAGAACUGUCAAAGUCGGUGAAAUGAAAAUGAACAUGGAUCCUCGAGAAUUGUGCUAAGAUGUACCGCCAGAAUUUGCUAAUAUUCUGGAGUAACUCUAUAUUCAUAAAUUUAUAGACACUUGAGAUAGUUAUAAUAUAGUAGCGAACCUAAUUAUUAUUUUGUGCGUAAUCAAUUGGAAAAGGCUGCAGAGAAUCAAGGAAUCAAAUUGGAUAAUAUCUAUGAUUGGGAUUAGAAGUAAUAGAUGAAGAUUUCCUAAAACAUUGAAAAUCACGACAAUUUAUAAAGAUCGACAACAUAACAAUAAUUAUAGCCUCCUGCGUCUGCAGAGAUGAAGAAAUCAAUAGAGAAAUAAGGAUCGAAUUUAAUAAGACAGUAAUUUUAAGGAUUUAUCAAUAGGUUGAGCAACAACUAAUUUUUAAUUCCACCUUCCUAAUUGAAGAGAUAAGAUUCCUAACAGCCAAGCGUGGUUUCUGGAAGCGUGAUGUUGAGCACUUAUAACUCAAUAAGGCCAAAAUAUCAACCUUCACAAAUCGCUUUUGAUGCCAAAGUGUGCGAUGACAAUUCUCCAUAGGAUGUUGGUCAGAAUAUGAAAUAAACAGCGGAAACAGGAAAUAAAAAUGCAAGAUAGAAUUCUUAUGCCGAGACGGUUGGUUGGAGAGAUUCAGUUUUUGAGGAAAACUUCGAUGAAAUUCCUCUUUCUAAAAAAUACGGUGUGCUUAAGUAAAAAGGAGUGGCAAUGUACAAAAUUAUACUAUGAUUAGUCCAAAGAAGAGAAAACCUAGUUAAAGUCCUAAUUAGCAAAAGAAAAAGUAAUGA